GCAGGUGUGUCAUUUUCACCAUCGCCGCAGGUGGCAGCUUGUGAGGACCCCACUUCUAUAGAGUCACAGAUUAUUCGCUCCUUCAUCCAACAUUCAGAUUAACCCGUUUUUAAGGUCGGGGAGGAUAAAGCUGAUCCGCUCUCUGCUGCGUUUCUUUCCUUUAUGACACUAUACGAUCUUACACUCUGACACUGUGUGUGUUUAUUUCACUUUUGGAGAUGACUGGACGCACGGGAUUUCUCCUUUACUCGUGCGUAAAAGCCGCGCAUCUCGCUGUGUACGUACGCUUGGAGGAGGCGAUGUAACUUCGCGGAGGCAUUAAUGAUCUUCUGUCGGACACAGGCUGUGGCUUCCCGGGAAACCUGUUGGAUUACAAACGGAAAACACGUCGAAUGUUUAUCACGGAACGGGAGUUUGGAGAGUCUGCUGUGUUCGAAGCAGGUGCGUCUUUGGGUGGAUGUGUUGCGCUCCUGUGAUUGCAGAUUCGCUCCCCUCUGCAGUGAUUCCGCGGCCAAAACAAAAAAUGUUUUCAUGCAACACCAGUGCCAUAAAGGACUGGAGCUAUUUUCUGUCUCAGAUUUUGCCUCUGAUGAAUAAAACAACGGGCUUGGUCAGCAUCGACAACGCGGAGGCGGUGACGACCACGAUGGUCACAGCUCUGCAGCCGGACAGCGCCUUGAGCUCCAGUAACCCGCCGCUCAACUCCAACCAUACCUCGGGCAUGGAGCACGUCUUCCAGUACUCUUACUCCGAGAGUGACCUGCUGUUCACCGACUACCGGACACCGGAGCGGGACUCUAUGCCGCUGCCCAAAGCCGUUCUCUACCUGGUCAUGGCGGCGCUGGUGGUGGUGGCGGUGGCGUAUGCGAUAGUUGGACACCUGGUCAAAGAUGUGGUUAAUGACUUUGUUGUCGGUGGAGGCAGGUCGAUCGUUGCAGAGGGCGACGGCGGUGAAACCAGUGAACCAGACUGGCUACGUGGCUCUCGUCGAUUUACCAACCUCAACAAGUCCGAGCUCAACUGCGUCGCCAACAGCAGGAGCGAGCUGGGCGAGAGGCCGCGGCUGGUGGAGAUGAGCUUCAUUUCCCUGAACCACGCUAACUGUCUGAGCGCCAAGAGAGCGGAGGACAUAGUGGUGACCAUAGACGAGACUUUGCCACAGCGACCGCCAGACACUCACUCUGGGACGUAACUGUGACCACUUUGCCCAUCGCACGAGAGGUAAAAACAACGCAGCAUAUUGGCUUGCAUUUCAAGUGGAUUUAAAAGUCUGUCACGGACCGAAGCUCUGUCCACUGUUUCAUCAGCUGCAGGUGUUGGGCCUGAAGGGACUUUAAACUGUGAACCUGUGCUGGAAAACUGGACCUGUUUCCACUGUAAUGACUGUAAAGGAAAAUUGUAGCUUUCCUGGAGGGAAAAGUCAGAAAUUGGACAAAUUAGUUUAAGUGUUUUUGAUUUUAUUUUUUGUCCUCAUUACAUUGAUCCUUUUUUUCCACACACACUGAAUUUAAAUGUGAAAAUAGCUCUCUGUUAAUGAAACACAUGCAGGUCACUUAGUACACUUAAUCACUGUUUAUACAAUCAGGGUUGGGACUGAUGAGAUGUCAUCAGUGACUGAAUCUAAUUUACAUGACGUUAUGUCUUAUUAAUAAGAUAAUCGAAUAUAAUUGCUUUUGGAUUACCAUUAAUUUUCUCUUUUGAAGUACCUCAUAACAUUUUCACUAAAAAGGCAUUUUUGCAGACUAAGCAUUUGUGCGUUAGCCAAUGAGCUGAGUCAACGCUUCCAUUAUCAGCCAUGGUCUAAUACUGUGGCUGCAUAAUUACUCACCAAAAUAAUCAAAACCGCACUAUGACCAAGUGCAAUAUCUAAAUACAGAGUUCAGUUUAUGUCAAAACGGCAAUAGGAUGAAAUUCUGCCCCCUAAAAUGUGCUUUUUAGAUAAUAAAAUAUGUUUUUGUUUGUUGACUGACUCCAAAAAAAGAACUAAACCUGAUGUUCUUGACAGUUAAGAUGCAAAAAUUAGAAUAAGGAAUGAUAUCACAAUUGCAAAAUCGGUCAAAAAUAAUCACCAUCUGAUCUUUUGGACUAUAUCGUGCAGCUCUACACUUUAAAUAACUGUCACAUAUUCAAAAUAAUUAUAAAUAAUGUAUUCCUUGGCAAUGUAAGUAUGAUCUAUAUGGUUACUUCUUAUUUGUAAUCUGAUUAGGUAAUCCCUACAUCAUCUAACCCUGUGUACAGCACACGUCGAUCUACACUUACUGUAAAACACACCUCACGUUCACAAAUGCACAAUUAUAUGAUAAACGUCAGUAUCAAGCACCUCGGACGACACAGGACAUAUAAACACUUUUUUGUCUUGUUUGUGUGUGUAUUGAAACAAAAGCAAAAAAAUGAAUAAAAAUUCACAAUAAGUGUUUUGUAGUUUCAUAUUAUUAGCUUGACGUGAGCAAGUGCUAAAUCACCUGACCGCAAAAAGCCAUGGAGAGAGAGAGAAAACAAAAACUUCCCCAAACUGAGUCAUUGAUAUUAGAAGUUUAUGAUUUUUAGGUGUUAAAGCUGCACGUUGUGGUUUAUUGUGAAAACAGCUUUUCAUCGAAGGCCAUGGUUCUCAAACUGUGGUACAUGUACCACCAGAGAAUGCUCGUGUAUCUGUUCUAUUGUAUAUACCAGGGUUUGUGACCAGAGUGAGAAAAAAAUGAAACAAAUAAGUAAAUAAUAAUAAUAAUAAAUUACAUUAUAAUAACUAGUACAAAUUGGCAUUUACGUAGGGUGCAAAUUGCCAACAUUCAACUCAGGCCCUAACUAGAGUCUCUAGAGAAAUAUACAUAUAUACUUCACACUAGAGUGUGAAGUAUAUGAGGAAGAGGAGGAUGAUGAGAGAGCAAAAUAUCUUAUUGGGAAUAAAUCUGCCUGAAAAGUCCGCUGACUUUGCUCGACCUAUUUACAUGACUGUAUUUUAACGUUGUUACUUCAAGAGCUUGAUAUUUCCUCAGGUGGUAGAUGGUAUGAAAAGUUUGAGAACCACUGGUUUAAGCCUUUUUGUUUACCUUUAUUACCUCACUGUUAAGGGCUACGUGAAGCUGCUGCUGAGUCUGUAACACCAGUCGAAUGCUACGACCAAUGAGGCUUUUAUUAUUUAUUUUCUUUGCAUGCUGGGAUUUAAAAGAUACACCCAUGGUUACUGAAAACUGUGUGUGUGUGUGUGGGAGGAGCAAAAUGAGACAGGGGAAUAAUGAGUUUAAAAGUUUGUUCCUGGACA